AAACAGUAAGCAGAAGUUGCACUGUGGUAAGUGCACUCUUUAUCUUAGUGGCCAACAAUCAUUUUGUAAAUGCGUAGUAUCAUUUCCUUAAACGACUCAGAACAGAGUUGGAUUUCAAAGUGCUACAUGUUUGUAGAAGUGCUGGGCACGGCUUCUUACUUUUGCCUCAUUUUGGAACCUUUGGGAGGUAAACAGAUUUGUGAUCUCCAUGUGUGACAAUGAAGGAUUCAGAUUCUGCAAGCAAACUGUUUCAGGUUCCAACUGAAAAACCUCUUCACUUUGGAGAAGGAAGAUGGAGAAGCCAUUGGUUUUCUUUUCUCAUCUAAAUAUGUCAGACCCAAAGGAAAAAACUUUCUACAAGGUGAUUCACGCAAUAGGGAAAGAAGCAUCAAACAAAGACAUAAAAAACAGAGGUAAGGAAAAGAGAAAUAGGCUGAGCCUUCUUGUGCAGAAACCUGAAUUCCAUGAUGAUGUCAACCUUGGGAGAUCUGGGAACUUGCCCAAAAGCAUAAGUGUCUCCCCUGAAGAAGCAGUGAAAUGGGGUGAAUCAUUUGAUAAACUGCUAUCCCAUAAAGAUGGAUUUGAUGCUUUUACCAGGUUCCUUAAAACUGAAUUCAGUGAAGAAAACAUUGAAUUUUGGGCAGCCUGUGAGGAUUUCAAGAAAAGCCAAGAACCCCAUCAACUGUUCCAUAAAGCACAAGCAAUAUAUGAGAAAUUUAUACAGAAUGAUGCUCCACAGGAGGUUAACCUUGACUUUCACACCAAAGAAAUAAUUUUUAAGAGUAUCUCCCAACCCACUAUACACAGUUUUGAUGCUGCUCAAAGCAGAGUUUAUCGGCUUAUGGAGCAAGACAGCUACACACGGUUUUUGAGAUCGGACAUCUAUUUAGACUUAAUAAAUGGAAGACCUCUGAAAACAACAAACCUUCGAAGGCGAUCACGCUCCUUUACCUUCAAUGAAUUCCCAGAUGAAAAACCAGAUAUUGCCAUUUGGCUAUAAAAGCCCUUAAUUUUACUCAUACAUAAUGAUAUGAUCUUCCAACUGGACUUAUAAUAUUGACUAUUAAUUUGAAAAAAAUUAACUUGUUAUGAUGAAUUUAAAAACUUAUAACUGGCAACAAUUCUCACAGGAAAGGGAUGUUGUAAAAUAUGUCAUUCUGUCUAUAGAUAACUACAUUUAAAAUAUUUCAUUCAUUGUAGUCUAUAAUUUCAAAAAACUUUUAAAAAGCUUAUAAUUUCACUGAUGAAAGAUAAGUAAAUCCCUUCUACAAGGUAUGUUUGCAUGUUGGAAAAUUCUCUGCAUUUUAUUAUCUUAGAGUUGGCCAUUAAGUGGCAUUUUUUCAAAACUGUUUAAUGAUUAUAUUCCAUGUAGCUUUUAAUCAAAUUUGCCUUUAAUGAGAAGUAGAAAUAGUAUACAGAUAUAGGCUUUACUUUAGAAUUAUUUAAGUUUUAAUGUGUUGCAUAGCAUUAAUGUCUAUACUUAAAUAAUGCUGUACAAUUUGCUUUCACACCUUUAUGUACUUGAAAUACAUAGGAAAAAUAAAGAAUUUAUAUUAAAAAUC